CGAUCUGGGUCGCUGCUUCAUGGAGAAUCCGGUCGCCGGGACUAACGGCGACCAUUCAAGUCACCGGGAAAGGUCGCCGGUACCGAUAUAUCGAUCAUCUCUAUUACAGCUGAUUGCUGUCGAAGAUCUGGCUUACAAAAAGUAUUCUGUAAUUUGUAAAUAAUUACAAUCAAAUAUUUGUUUGAUUACUGUACUUGAAAGUAUUUUUUGAUAAAGGGUUAGACUACACUUUAGCGCAUAAAGACCGAAAUUUUGAUAAAGCACUUGGUGGAUGUGUAUAACAAAAGUAAAGUGUGCAUGUUUAUAUUUUUUCAGGGAUAUGGUUGAUUACCUGUAAUGCAUGUUGUUUAUGAAUGUGAAACUGCUGCGUUAAGUAGAAUUUAACAAAAAUGGAUAGACGUUUGGAGUUCUGUGUACAUUCCUCCAAAUACCGACAACUAUUAUGCGAUCUAAAAAAUACCAUUGAAGGACUAUUAGUAACUCAAGUAGCAAAUGUUUGGACAAUAUAUGGAGGCUUAAAUCGACUGCAUAAUAUUAUGUCAAAGAUAUUUAAACAUGGAUGCAAAACAUCUGAAAAUGUAGGUUUUCAAUGCAUACUCUUUUACUAAAAAUAUCAGGCAUUAUGUGUUAGUAUGUACAUUGAAAUACAUAAUAGAAAAGUGUGGUACCUCAAGAGACAUGUGGCAAGUCCUAUUUUUUCAGUGUAAACUGGAAUAUUUGUAUUGUAACACCCUGUGUAAGGGCACAUCAGAUUCUUGUCAUAGCCCAGUCAAUAUAGGUAAAUAAGAUCUAUUAGUAAGGGAUUUGUCUAGAUUUAUAGUGUAAUCAGAUGUUCUAAAGCAGAUUAUAUACUGUUCUAUCUUACUACUAUGCUUUAACUUUUCUAUUUUGAAUAUAUUAUAGGAAGGUGGAAUUUACAAAUUUAUCCAAGGUCUAGAAUGGCUACAACCAGACACUACAAAAUCCUACUUUCACAUUGAUUGUGAGUACCGGUCACACAUCCCAGCACACCUUAAAAAUAACAGAUCAUCUAUCUGGUUAUAUAGAAACCUUGAAAACCAUGCUUUAUCACAAAAAUUAUCAUGGUUACUGUCAAAUCAAACCCAUCUACAUUCUUGCUACCACAGUUAUGCUUUCCUGUGUCAACAAAAAUACUCCGAAGCUACCUUGAUAUGCUUGAGAGCUUUGGAGAGGAAUGAGGCUAGUUUCUUGUCAGAAAUUGAUCCGUAUUUGUUCUUGGAUAAGAGAGAUGCAAUGAAGAAGCACAGGAGAUGUGCAUCUUUUCCUGAUAACUAUAUGAAGAAAGUUUACGAAGAAAAGGCAUUGAAAAAUGUUUCUACCGAUAUAUCAGAUGGUAGAGAUCAAAAGAUUGUUUCUACGAAGGCUUGUAUUCAGGGUAAAUUUAAACCUUGGAGAAGUAUGCCAUGUUUGCAUACUUAUUUUGAAAGGGAAUUUCAGGGAGCCAGAAGUAAAACUUUGCCUAAUACACCAGUACACAAUGUAAAAACAGAGACUGAAUUUCAAUCAUCAAAGUCGAAAGGGGGCACAUUACAUAAAAAAUGCCCAAAGGUUAAAGAAAGAAAUAGAAUCAUAUUUAACAAUCUUGCUAUUGUUGAGCACACUCCACCUCAAAGUGUGGAUGAUACUUCCAAAGAAGAUUUAACUCCUACAAAUAUAUCACCUAGAAAAAGUGGCUUGUCAACAUCACCUUUGCAAGUUGUGGAAUCAUUUCUACCCAAGUCAGGUGAAAAGGACUACAAGAAAUUACCAAAGAAAAGUUUCAUAGAAGAUGGAGGAAUGAGUGUCCUUCCAAUGUCUACUGGUUACUUUCCAAAACCGGCUAAAGGUCAAAGCUUACUGUCUUUCCUAUGUUCGAGUCAGUUGAACAGAACAAAUGCAGAAUUAGAUAGGGAAAACGCACAUUUUAGCAUAUCUGAAGCAAUAAUUUCAGCUGUAGAACAGAUUAGGUGUAAGCAUGGCUUAAAGGAAAUGGACGAGCAAAUAGAUGACAGUGAUCCUGAAAUAUUAGAUCUAAAGCAGAAAAUAAGGCUGAGAAGAACUGCCAAAGUAAUGGAGAAGCAUAGAAAGGCUUGGGCUUCGGCCAAGGCGAGUGACUUGAAAUCUGAUACAACCACCACAGCCAGCCCGCUCUCGACCAGCUCAAACUCCUCGCCAACGAACUCGUGUACCAGCCUUAGCAGUCUGGCUUUCGACGACGACCUCGGCGACGCUCAUCUCGAACAAUCCCUAUGCACCUUAUCUUCCAACCGAUCAGCCUCCACGACGACGCUCUGCAGCGAGCUGGACCUGUCGCGGAGUCUCAGCUGGUCGACGACGUGCCCCUUGCCGCCGAGAGGCGCACCGGACGGCGCGGCGUCGAGUUGCGAUAGUAUGCCGGUAGAUGUCAGCGCCGAGGGCGUGGCGAUAUCGCUCAUCAGGAAGUUCAGUGAUAAGCAACUGCCUAAGGCCUCGGAUGUUGAAUGGCUAGUUUCCGAAGAAGACGCACCUCAAGCCUUACUUCCUCUACCGAAAAGUUGGCCGGUAAGCCCCGACAGCGGCGAGGAAAAUACAACACCUUUGAGAGGAACUCUCGAGUGGGCCCCACCGAGGCCGCAGAUCAUUUUUACCCCACAUCCUCGUCCAAGAAGGAAGGAUCUGAUCGCAAACCAAAAUUACAGAUGUGCAGGUUGCAGUAUGAAAGUUUCUGCGAAAUACGCGGUGAAAUUUCGGUACUGCGAAUAUUUGGGUCGGUAUUUCUGUACAGGAUGUCAUACUAAUCAGCUGGCACUUAUACCUGGGAAAGUUUUACAAAAAUGGGACUUCAGGAGAUAUCCUGUGUCGACGUUUUCUUACCGUCUAUUAGAGCAGAUGUAUACAGAUCCGCUGUUUCACGUGCUGGAGCUGAAUAAAAAUAUUACGAAAAUGUCAAAACACCUCUUGAUUUGCAACCAAUACAGGCAAGCGUUGUAUUACUUGAAGGACUUUAUAUUUUCUUGUAAAUAUGCGGAAAACAUUAAAGAAAGACUCGAGCAGGAAAGGUCGUACCUUUUGACAGAUCCUGGAGUGUAUUCCUUGAAUGAUCUGAUGAACGUCAAAACAGGCGUUAUGAAAGAACAGUUGGGAUUGCUUUUUCAAACAUGUUGCAAGCACACAGUGGAGUGCAAGAUUUGUUUGGGUAGAGGGUUUAUUUGCGAGAUAUGCAAUAAAGAUGAAAUAAUCUUUCCCUGGCAAUUGAAAUCGGUGGCAAGAUGCAGCAGAUGCGGAAGUUGUUAUCAUUCAAGGUGCUGGAAUCCAACGAAGGAUUCUUGCAGAAAAUGUUUGAGAUUGCAGAAGAAAAAAGAAGCUAAUCUCACUUAAUUUUUUAUGUGUUUCAGGAGUUAGAAAAACGCAUGAUGCAAUCGAAUCAAAUGUUCUAUGAAUGAAAACGUGUGAUAUUUUGACCUAUGGUAUUAUAACCUGUAAAUGGUAUAAAGAUAGUGUCAAUGUUUAACAUACCCAUGGUUUGAAAUAUUUUGGUGAUAAUUAAGCCAAAGUUCAACCAUUUACAGAUUUACCGUCCCACAGACUGCAAUUUUACGGAAGUUGAAACAUAAAUACCAUUAUUGUAUGCUAAUCAUUUUUGACUAUUUUGAAUUAUAUUUUUUAUAUAAUAUAAAUAUUCUAUCACAA